AUGCAUUCACCGCGCCUGGCCCUCACGCUGGCCCUCCUGGCCUCCCUGACUGCGUGCCAAUGUGCUCCUCUGUCGGUGGAUGAAACAUCCAUUCAGGGCCUGCUCCUUGAAGACACCAUCCGGCUGCUGGGAAAUCUGGACAAGGCGCUGACCAGCCAGGCCGCCAGCAAGCUUAAGGGCGCCUCAGCCUCGGCGGCAGGGCCUGCCUCUGCAGCAUCCGGCACGGCUCGCGGCCUGGCCCUCCGUCUGGGCCGCCUGCGCGGCGGGCAAAUGAUGGGCUCGGCCGCUGGGCCGGCCGGACGGCGCACGGUGCCGGCUGGGCAUGCUGAUGCGGCGGCGGCUGAUGCUCGGGAGGUGGCUGUUUAUUUCAUCCAUGCUGCCACGGUGCAGCUGAUGCUGAAGAACCCCCUGCUCAUCCCCGCCUCCCUGGCCAAGCCCAUGGGCAAGACGCGCGCUGCCGCGUGCAAGAAGGAGGUCCGCCGCAUGGGGUUCUCCCGCAAGGUCAAGGUUGCCAUGUGCAACAGCACCAUCCCCUUCCCCACCGCCUCCGCCAUGGCCCACCUAGAGAUGGAGCGUAAGCUCAAGCGCAUGGUGCCUCUCGCGCGGCAGGACGGUGGCACGCAAGGCACCGGGCCGUGGCCAGCGCGAGGCCUCAAGCAGGAGUUUGACUGCUACAACGGGAAGAGCUUCAUAGAUUACCUGCUUCGUAAGAACGCCGAGAAAGCAUACAAGGCGGGCUACGGCUGCCUGUCGUUCUCGUGCGGCUUCCCCAUCCCCCCAGUGCCCAUCCUCCAAGUGUCGGCCAAGAUCGAGGGCUGUCUGCCAUGGUUGGACUUCGUCAAUGGAGUGUUCAUGCAGUGCACGAAGAUCGGCUGCAAAAACAGCACAGCGGAGGACGAUGCUUACUUGAAUAACCUCGUCGCCAUGGCGGAGAACACACAGAUAUCCGGCUUCUUUGGUGUAUGCGUGGGCUGGGGGGAACUUAAGUUGAUUUUGGAGAUGUUCGGGUUCAAAGACGCAUGCCUGGGACCCAAGCUGACUGUCUGGCCGAUGAAGCAGCAGCUGGGUUUGGCACAGGAGCUGAGCUUUGUCGUUGGCUCUAUCCAGUUUGGCGGCAAAUUUCAGUACGGUGUAGGCUCCGAGAGCGCAAUCUGCAAGCUUGCACACUACGGAAAUCUGGGCUUUUACAACCACGAGCUCAAGUGCAAGGACUUCUGUGCAUGGGACCCGUUUGACGGCGAGAUCUUCUUCAAAGCCGGCAUCAACUUCUUCUUCUUCCGCCUCAGCUGGUCCAUCAAGAUCCUUCAGUCGCCACUGCCAGCCUGCGACAAGAGCUUCUGACAGCUCAAUUGCCGAGUAGCUCAAUCGCUUAAUGGCUCAAUCGCCGGCCAGUGCCUUUUCUUUCUUUCUUUCUUUCUUUCUUUCUUUCUUUCUUUCUUUCUUUCUUUCUUUCUUUCUUGUCAGCCUGACCUGACCUGCCUUUCAUGCUGCCGUUUCAGCCCCAAGCCUGCUUACAUACGGAACGUAACCCCUUUCAAGCAACCUGCACUUUUGCAAUGAACCUGCACUUUUGUCACUAGUUUGCAUAGUUUCUCCUUUCAGACACCUCAGAACACCUAUGAACACCUGUAUUAACACCCUCUGCUGUUUGCUUUGUAAUUUACAGUUUAACUCGUUGUAAUUUACGCUUUUUC